CCCUCGCCGCGCCGCCCCGCCGCCGCCCCUCGGCGACCAUGGCGCACCGGGGACCCCCGCGCGCGCCGACGGGCCCCGGCCCCACCGCCCGAGUCCCGAGCCCCGGGACGCCGCCGCCGCCGCGCUGGCCGCGCUCGCGGCCGCUCCUGCUGCUGCUGCUCCUGCUGGCCGCCUGCGGGGCGGCGGGGCGCUCCCCCGAGCCCGGGCGCCUGGGUCCCCGCGCGCUGGUGACCCGAGUACCACGGAGCCCGCUUGCGGGGCGCGCGGAGCCCGGGGGCCGCGAGGACCGGCAGGCGCACGGCGCAGAGCCCGGCGCCCCGGGUUCCGAUCCCGGUCCCGUUCCCGGUCCCGACGAAGACGGUGCCCCAGCUUCGAGCAGGAGGCGCUGGGCGCGGGCGGCGCCGGUGGCCGGAGCGGCUUCGCGGGCGCAGGUCUCGCUCAUCAGCACGUCGUUCGUGCUCAAGGGGGACGCGACACACAACCAGGCGAUGGUGCACUGGACGGGCGAGAACAGCAGCGUGAUCUUGAUCCUGACGAAGUACUACCAUGCAGACAUGGGGAAGGUUCUGGAAAGUUCUCUGUGGCGGUCUUCGGACUUCGGGACAUCCUACACCAAGCUCACCCUCCAGCCUGGUGUCACCACUGUCAUCGACAACUUCUACAUCUGCCCAACCAACAAGAGAAAGAUCAUCUUGGUGAGCUCUUCGCUCAGUGACCGGGAGCAGAGCCUCUUUCUCAGCAUGGACGAGGGUGCCAGCUUCCAGAAGCAGCCUGUCCCCUUUCUUGUGGAGACCCUCAUCUUUCACCCCAAGGAGGAGGACAAGGUCCUUGCCUACACCAAGGAGAGCAAGCUCUAUGUGACAUCCGACCUGGGGAAGAAAUGGGUGCUUCUGCAGGAGCAAGUGACCAAAGACCACGUCUUCUGGGCUGUGUCCGGGGUGGAUGCUGACCCCAACUUGGUCCACAUGGAAGCCCAGGACCUCAAUGGAGGCUUUCGCUACAUCACCUGCCAGGUCCACAACUGCUCGGAUCAGACGCUCACAGCCCCGUUCGCAGGCCCCAUUGACCAGGGCUCUCUUACUGUGCAGGACGAUUAUAUCUUCCUUAAGGCAACGUCUACAAACCGGACGAAGUACUACGUCUCUUACCGUCGCACUGAGUUCGUGCUGAUGAAGCUGCCCAAGUACGCAUUGCCAAAGGACCUACAGAUCGUUAGCACAGACGAGAACCAGGUGUUCGUGGCCGUGCAGGAAUGGAACCAGGUGGACACCUAUAACCUGUACCAGUCAGACCCACGGGGAGUGCACUACUCACUGGUGCUGGAGGACGUGCGUAGCUCACGGCAGGCGGAGGAGAGCGUGGUCAUCGACAUCCUGGAGGUCCGAGGAGUGAAAGGCGUCUUCCUGGCAAACCAAAAGGUUGAUGGAAAGGUGACAACACUCAUCACUUACAACAAGGGCCGUGACUGGGAUUACCUGAGGCCACCCAGCACCGACAUGAAUGGGAAACCCACCAACUGCCAGCCGCCGGACUGCCGCCUGCACCUGCACCUGCGCUGGGCAGACAACCCCUACGUGUCGGGCACCGUGCACACUAAGGACACUGCUCCUGGCCUCAUCAUGGGUGCAGGUAACCUGGGCUCGCAGCUGGUGGAGUAUAAGGAAGAAAUGUACAUUACAUCAGACUGCGGACACACCUGGCGGCAGGUGUUUGAGGAGGAGCACCACGUGCUCUACUUGGACCACGGUGGGGUGAUCGCAGCCAUCAAGGACACCUCUAUCCCCCUCAAGGUCCUCAAGUUCAGCGUGGACGAAGGCCUCACCUGGAGCACACACAACUUCACCAGCACCUCAGUGUUCGUGGACGGGCUCCUGAGUGAGCCGGGGGACGAGACACUGGUCAUGACGGUCUUCGGCCACAUCAGCUUCCGUUCCGACUGGGAGCUGGUCAAGGUCGACUUCCGGCCCUCCUUCCCUCGGCAGUGCAGUGAGGACGACUACAGCUCCUGGGACCUCACCAACCUCCAGGGUGACCGCUGCAUUAUGGGCCAGCAGAGGAGUUUCCAGAAGAGAAAGCCCACGUCUUGGUGUGUCAAGGGGAAGAGCUUCACGUCUGCACUCACAUCACGUGUGUGCCAGUGCCGGGACUCGGACUUCCUCUGCGACUACGGGUUUGAGCGCUCACCCUCCUCAGAGUCUGCUGCCAACAAGUGUUCUGCCAACUUCUGGUUUAACCCCUUGUCCCCUCCUGAGGACUGUGCCCUGGGCCAAACCUACACCAGCAGCCUUGGGUACCGGAAGGUGGUGUCCAAUGUGUGUGAAGGUGGUGUGGACCUGCAGCAGAGCCCUGUGCAGCUUCAGUGUCCCCUCACACCACCCCGGGGCCUGCAGGUGAGCCUCCGUGGUGAGGCGGUGGCCGUGCGGCCCGGAGAGGACGUGCUAUUUGUGGUGCGGCAGGAGCAGGGCGACAUCCUGACCACCAAGUACCAGGUGGACCUUGGGGAUGGCUUCAAGGCCAUGUACGUGAACCUCACGCUGACUGGUGAGCCCAUCCGGCACCGUUACGAGAGCACUGGUAUCUACCGUGUGUCUGUCAGGGCAGAGAACAUGGCGGGACACGACGAGGCUGUGCUCUUUGUCCAGGUCAACUCCCCCCUGCAGGCCCUCUACCUGGAGGUGGUCCCUGUCAUUGGUGUCAACCAGGAGGUGAACCUGACAGCUGUGCUGUUGCCCCUGAACCCCAACCUCACCGUCUUCUACUGGUGGAUCGGUCACAGCCUGCAGCCCCUCCUCUCCCUGGAGAACUCGGUGACGACACAGUUCGUCGAUGCAGGGGACGUGCGUGUGACGGUGCAGGCCGCCUGUGGAAACUCAGUGCUGCAGGACUCCAGGGUCAUCCGUGUGCUGGACCAAUUCCAGGUGGUGCCUCUGCAGUUUUCUACUGACCUGGAUGCCUUCAACCCCAACACUCCCGAAUGGAGGGAGGACGUGGGCCUGGUGGUCACCCGGCUGCUCUCCAAGGAGACCAGCAUCCCUGAGGAGCUGCUGGUGACUGUGGUGAGGCCGGGGCUGCCCACCUUGGCUGACCUGUAUGUGCUCCUGCCCCCGCCCAGGCCCACAAGGAAAAGGAGUCUCACUGGUGAUAAGAGACUCACGGCCAUCCAGCAGGUACUCGACGCACACAAGAUCAGCUUCCCACUCCGAGGUGGGCUCCGGGUCCUGGUGGCCCUGAGGGAGGUGGACACAGGUUCUCAGAGACUGGGUGGCAGCAGCAGCUACUGGGCCGUGGUGGUCCUCUUUGUCAUUGGACUCUUCACAGUGGGAGCAUUCAUCCUCUACAAGUUCAAAAGGAAACGCCCAGGCAGGACUGUGUACGCCCAGAUGCACAACGAGAAGGAGCAGGAAAUGACAAGCCCCGUGAGCCACAGCGAGGACGCCCAGAGCACCAUCCAGGGCAACCACUCAGGAGUGGUCCUGAGCAUCAACUCCCGGGAGAUGCACAGCUACCUGGUGAGCUGAUGCUCUGGGCUGGGCCAGGACACUCCUGUUCCACUCGUGGAGGGCACAGGACCACAAGUGCAGCUGGAACGAUGUCCCCUCAGAGACCUUCGGAAA